UAAUGCAAAAAUAACAAAUUUCAAAUUAUUUUCACUAAAUAAUAAAUAUCGUUACUCCCUUUUUUAUUAAGAAUAAAUAACAAUUAUUACUUGUGUAUACUCAAUCAAUGAUUACAUAUAUUUUACAAAACAUGCCGGUGUAUUAUUUUCUAUAAAGAAACUGAAAUUUGAUUUCAGCUUUCUUUUUGUUUAUUUGUAAUUUAUUUUUAACAAAUACAUUAAUGUUCUUUAAUUUUUCUGCCGUAAAACUCAAAUCUCGUUUGAUUCUGUCUAUAUUGGUUGUGUUAAUUGUUGUGCCACUCAUCGGCCACUAUUACUUAUCAAAUGAAGAGAAAGAUAGCUUUGAAUAUUUGUACAGUACCCAUUCAAAAUUGGAAUUGGAUGAAGAUUAUGGAGCCCUUAGGGCCUCCGACUUGAAACAACGCAUUUUAGAACUUAACAGAAUUAAAAAUUCUGUUAACAAUGAGCUAAGAGCUAUUGAAGGAAAAAGGCAAAAACUACUUACAGAACUCUCUGUCUAUCAUACGAAAAUUGAAGAUACUAAAGCAGAACUAUUACGACAAGAAAAUGAGUUAGAAAAAUUAAAAAUUUCUGUUAAACAAGCCCAAGUAGCUGAAAACGAAGCAGUUAUGCAAAACUCACCUCGCCUAGCACCGCCAGUACCUAUACUAGCUCAGUCACCUCCUUUUUAUAUUCCAAUAUCUAAUGAUUAUCCAUAUUUGUGCCAUAAUAUGAAAAAUUGUUUUGAUUAUUCUCGUUGCUCAUUGACUUCAGGAUUUCCAUUUUACUUUUAUAAACCUGAUAUAAUUUCAUCAGAAUUAACAUCUGUGUCAUUAAACAAAAUUGUAUUGCAAGUGUUACACUACAAUACUCAUUUUACAAAUAGUUCAGAUAACGCUUGUAUCUAUGUGGCGUUAAUCGGUGAAACCCAAAGUGUCAUAACAUACACUCAAUUGAAACGUCUUUCAUAUUGGGGAGGUGAUGGUAGAAAUCACAUUUUAAUAUAUUUAACAAAAAAAAUAUUUGAUCCCCCAAAGUUCAAUCAAAACAUUAAUUUUGGACGCGCUAUUGUUGCCCAAUCGUUUUGGAAUAGAACCAGUUUCCGGCCUGGACAUGAUAUCUUGUUGCCUGCCAGUGUUGGACCUCCUGGUGGUGAAAUUUGGAUGGAUUCACCAUAUAUGUUACCGGCUAGAAGAAAAUUCUUGUUGUCUUUUGAAGGAUAUAAAAAUGUAGACUCGUUAAAUAACAGUCAGCAAAAUUUCGUUGAAUUGUUGCAUACGUUUAUAACUGAAACAUCUGUCGAUCAGUUUUACUUAAAGACAGAUUGUGACAAUCAAAGAAUAGAGAGCAAUAUUACAGACUGGUGUUUAUGUGGUGACGAAAUUAUUCGCAAAUCGUUUUUGACUCAAUCAACAUUUACAUUAAUUCCUCCGCCCUUGGAUGUAAAUAUGAUAUCUACUGCUAUGACGCAAAUACGUUUAUAUGAAUCAUUGAAGUAUGGUGCCGUUCCUGUGUUCUUAGAAUAUGAUAAAAUUGGAUUACCUUUUGAUGAAGUGUUGGAUUGGUGCAAAGCUGCCAUUUGCAUUGCGGGUGAAAGGAUCCCGGAACUACAUUGGUUACUUAGGACUAUUUCCGAUAAUGAUAUACUAUCAAUGAGAAGACAGGGUAGGAUGUUAUACGAAAAGUAUCUCAGUACUGUACAAGCCAUCCUGGACACAACCCUUGCUGUUAUACGUCAUCGAAUAGGUAUACCACCGAUACCUGUCGUUGAUACACCGUCACCAAGUAUAUUUAAUGAAAACUUUAAACCUAUUAAAAUGGAUCCAAUUAUACCUGACGCUGAACCAGAAGAAAGUUUAGGUCCGUUAGAACCACCCUUUCCUUCACCAGUUUAUAAAAGAAAUUUUACAAUCAUAAACGUUCAAGGAUAUGAUUUAUGGAAUGGUUGGGGUGAUCCGUUUAAACUUUAUCCGCACACUCCUUUUGAUACAUUACUUCCUUCGGACGCAAAAUUCAUUGGGUCUGGUAAAGGUUUUCGUCCAGUAAAUAAUGGUGCUGGUGGAGCGGGUAAAGAAUUUUGUCAAAGUCUCGGUGGCAAUUACCCACGUGAACAGUUUACAAUAGUUAUUUUAACUUACGAGCGCGAUCAAGUUUUGAUGAAUUCUCUGAGUAGGCUAAAUGGUCUGCCAUAUUUAAACAAAGUUCUUGUCGUGUGGAAUUCUCCUAAACCGCCACUUGAAGAUUUACGUUGGCCUGAAAUUGGUGUACCUAUACAUGUUAUUCAUGCUGCUAGGAAUAGUUUGAAUAACAGGUUUUUGCCUUAUGAAGCAAUUGAAACAGAAGCUGUUCUAUCGGUUGAUGAUGAUGCCCACUUAAGACAUGAUGAAAUUAUGUUUGGCUUUAGAGUUUGGAGAGAACAACGUGAUCGAGUUGUUGGUUUUCCUGGUCGUUUCCAUGCUUUAGAUUUGAAUCACGGUGGAUGGCUUUACAAUUCAAACUACAGCUGUGAGCUGUCCAUGGUUUUAACAGGAGCUGCUUUUGUACAUAAAUAUUAUCUCUAUUUGUACUCCUAUUGGUUACCUCAAGCUAUUAGAGAUAAAGUGGACCAAUAUAUGAAUUGUGAAGAUAUUGCAAUGAACUUUUUAGUUUCUCAUAUUACUAAUAAACCACCAGUCAAGGUUACCUCCCGAUGGACUUUCCGAUGUCCAGGAUGUCCAGUUUCAUUAUCAGAAGAUGAAACUCAUUUCUUAGAACGCCAUAAAUGUAUUAAUUUUUUUACAGAGAUAUUUGGAUAUACUCCUUUAUUGAAUACUCAAUUCCGCGUGGACUCGAUACUCUUCAAGACACGUAUUCCACAUGAUAAGCAAAAGUGUUUUAAAUUUAUAUAACAAUAAUGUUCAACUUUAGCGACCAAUACUAACUACUUUCAUUCCAAUCUAGUGAACAAUUUAUUAAGAUACAUUAUUAUUGUAGUAUAGCUACAAAACUGAUCAAAUUUAACUAAUCGACUUAAAUGUAUGUAAUUGUACAUUUUUUAAAACUAUGUAUUACUGUUAAGGCUAACCUCAUUUAUUAUUUUUUUCUACUUAUAAUGGACAACAAAAUUAUGUUAGCAAACAGAAAGCAAUGAUGUUGCUUAGUUACCAUUGUAACAACAACUAACGUAAACACAUUAUUUAAUGCUAUUGAUUUAUAGUUACUUUUAGAAAAUUAAUUUUAUAUUCAUUUGUUUUAAUUUUAUUAACUUGUAAGCUAUUUAAUUUAUUACUGUGAGUUUAAUUAUAUGAUAAAUUA